CAUCUAUUCAACUCAUCGAUGAUCGAUCUCCCAUCCCCUUUGUACCUCGUUCCCUACUCCCUUGGUAUUUUUAGCUCUAAAAGUUGCUACACGUCAGCUAUCAUGGGCGUCUUCUACGAAACGAUUCCAAGUUCUCUCAAGCCAUGGAUUCUCGACCAAAAGCUGUUCUGGGUUGGCUCAGCCCCGCUCUCAGGCGAUGGUCACAUCAACAUCUCACCUAAGGGAGGCCAGUACUUUAGUAUCAUCGAUGAGCGGACCUUCUGGUUCAUGGAUUUGACUGGUUCGGGCGUGGAAACGACUUCUCAUCUCCAUGAACCAGGCAAUGGGCGUAUAUGUGUCAUGUUCAUGGCUUUCGACGGUCCACCCCGAAUUGUCCGCAUUUGGGGAAGGGGAAUCGUGCUGGAGAAUGGAUCCCGGGAAUUUGACGAGUUUGUGAAGCUCAAUAGCGUCAAGACGAUUCCAGGAUCCAGAAGCAUCAUCAUUGUGGAUAUCCAUCAGGUUGCUACCAGCUGCGGAUUUUCAGUCCCAUAUUAUGACUUCAGAGGAUGGAGGAACACGUUGAAUGAUUUCUUCGAGAAGAAGGAGAAGGCGUAUCUGAAUGGGAAGGUGGAGGAGAGUAUAGAUAAGUACUGGGCAUAUAAAUCUCAGCUCAGCAUUGACGGCCUUCCCGGAAUGAAAAGAGGCUAUGAGUAUGCGCACAAACACAAGGUCGCCCCACUGAAGAAAAUGGUCGGACCGUAUGCACCGAAGGCCCCGAGGACAAUGAAUACGAUAUCAGCGGCUCACCUUGUUCUGGUCGCCCUCUUGAGCUUUGUCAUCGGAGUCUCCAUGACCAUUACGCUGGCCUCGCCAGAGGCAGUUCGACGGAUGCAGCAGAAAGAAGGCUUUUUUAAAGUGUAA